AUGUCGGAGGAGCAGACCAUGCAGCAACCUUCUUACACCAUCCAGUCCAUGUUCCCCAAUCAGGCAGGAGAGGACUCCUCUCUUCAGGGAACCAACGUGGAAACUCAGCGGACUUUUGAUCCUCACACCACGAUCGAGGACUAUAACCGCACCAUGUUGGAGUACACCCAGCGCCAGAUCUCCUCCUUUGUUGAUUUGGAUGAGAACAACAACUCCAGUGGUACCUGCAGCCGCAGCAGUCAGAGCAGUGGCAACAGCGACACUUCAGCCCACAGUACCGACUCACGCCAUGCCGCCGGGGCCUCCUCGCCGACUUCGGCGAAUCCUGUGCGGUCAACAUCGGUGCGGGAUAUGGCAGCUGAGGCCCAUCAGUCGUCCAAUUCCGCCAAGCACACGGAGUACUAG